AUGGAGGAUGCAGCGAAGGCCGCUGCGGACGGCGUGAUCGACUCGCUUCGACAACUCCUGAACGCCUUGGCGGUGUUGGUGCCGGGGAAGGUGGGGUUGGAAGUUGCCAAAGACGCCGUGGACGCCCGGUCGCUUCCGGCGCUCAGCAAGGCCCUGAAGCGGCUGUGGUUCGACAUCCCGCUGCAGCCGGCACAGGACUGGUGUGAGGAAAGGCAGUCGAUAUGGCUCGGCCAGCUUCUCCUGAUCGGCGCUGGCUCGCGCGAGGGGCUGCUGAACUUCUUCGCCGCGGCGCUGCUGAUGUGCAACUCACUCGUGUGCUUCGCCAAAGUGCUGUACCCUCACGUGGGGAUGGAUCCUGACGAGGCGUGGUGCGAGAGCCUGGCUGCUGUACAGACUGCGGUGGAGCGGGACUUUCAGCCGGAGCUCUCCCGCCUCCCGGCCGACCACCUGGGUGGCUCUAAGCGAGACGCGCUGGUCUCGACGAACCGCCUGCCGGCACUCUUCCGGCGGAUGUUCGACCUGGAGGGGCACAAGUUGACUCCGGCACAGAAGGGAGGGCUGGCGGUGGCCCUCGUCUUGCCGGGCACAGGCAUCCUCACCGCAGGUGGCAUUGGCACAGCCCUGCUUUUUCGUAAGGCACGCCAAGCGUCACGGCCUGAUGACCAGGAUCCGGUCGAGCGGCUGUUCCAGAGAUGUCAGGGAGAGGCGAGGGCUACCAUCCGACGGAAAGAGAAUCCUGUGGAGGUGACCUACCUCCCUGGCUCCUACGGCGGAGGGCCUGGCAAAGUAAAAGUCUGUGCACACGUGCGUGAGUCAUUGGUCCCCUUUGCCGCCAUGCCGCUGGGAAACCUCGGAAACGACGGAGUUUCUUCUGUGAUCGUGGAGCAAGGGGAGACAUGCCAGCUGCGCCCGAAGGGCGACUCCGACUCCCUGGUGCUAAGAGUCUUCCGCCCCUCGCUAAUCAACGAAGAGCUCGUGGCCGUGGAGAUCGCGCGUGGCGACAAGGUCGUGGUCGUACCAGGCCCGAACGGCACGGUGAAGUGCUACACCCGACACACGCGGCAGCCGCCCGCCAUGCAUCCGCCCUAG